AGGAACCGUUGGAAUGCCCAGUAAAAAACGAGCCGAUCGAAGAAGACGUAUCCGAGGAUGAAAACACUCGUACUUUGGAGUGCGAGGUUGAUCCAAGCGAUAUGAAGAUCGAGCUGGAGGAGGAUGAGGAUGGUUUGGAGGGAGAUAGAGAUUCUGACGAUGAUGUAGAUGACGUGCGACCUUUCAAAUGUACCCAAUGUGAGAAGACAUAUGACCGCAAUAUCUAUCUUCAGCGACACCUGCUAACGCACUCAGAGACUGGGGAAUUGCCGUUUAAGUGUUCCCUCUGCUCGAAGGCCUUUCCAUACAGCUCAAGCCUGCAGAGACAUUUUCAAAAGCACAAGGAAAAACGACCGCUCAAUUGCAGCCACUGCUCCAAGUCUUUUAUAACGCCUGAAAGCUUUCAGGCCCAUAUGCGAAUCCACACGGGAGAACGACCGUUCCAGUGUACCCAAUGUGAGAAGACUUUCACACACGACACCUAUCUCCAGCGACACUUGAAAUCGCACACGGAAGAUACAACUUUUAAGUGUUCCUACUGUCCGAAGACCUUUCAGUACAUAUCACCUUUCGAGAAACAUAUUCUAAUACACACCGGCGAACGACCGUUCCAGUGCUCGCAUUGCUCCAAGGCUUUUACCCAGAAAUCAGCGCUUGGGCGGCACUUGCAAAUCCACACGGGCGAAAGGCCGUUUAAGUGUUCUCACUGCUCAAAGACCUUUGCCCGGAAUUCCAUUCUUGAGCUGCACUUGCGAACGCACACAGGCGAACGGCCGUACAACUGCAUCCAAUGUACAAAGAGUUUCUCAAGUCUUUCCAGCCUCAAUGUACACCUGCGAACGCACACUGGAGAAAAACCGUACCAGUGUUCUAUCUGCCCCAAGAGUUAUUCGCAGCUCGGCAAGCUUAAAGCUCACUUGCUAACCCACAAGGUUUAGCAUCAAUAAAAUCGACUAUUUUAUGCGUAAGGAAAAUUGUAUUAGUGUUUUUUACUUUCUACCAUCUGUAUUAGUUUCAGAAUGGUAAUUUUGUAGCGGUUUCUGUGACAUUUCUGACGAAAUUUUUAACUUGUAAUUUUGUUUUAUUUCUGACUUUCUGUAUUAGUUUUUAAAUGGUAAUUUUGUAACGGUU